CAAUUUCCAGGGCCCCUAACUAACGCCUUUUGAGCCACAGCGGCCCACGGCCUGGUCAGCUCACAGGCCAUGGCUCAGCACUCAAAAGCUCCGGGUUUCCAGCCUGACUUUGGACUCUUUUUUCCCUCGUUACGCAAGGCUUUUCGUUACGCAUCGCCUCGUUGACAAGUCUUUUUGGCCUAUUGUGCCCUGUCGCUCUUUAUACGUUUUAUAUCUUAAUAAUACCCGCUUCACUCGCUCAGCGGACUAGCACCACUACCCCCAGUUUACCACAAAACCCCGUACCGAUUCCAAGAUGAAGUACGCAUUUGUUGCAGCUGCCCUUGCUGGGUCAGUCUUUGCCUCCCAGCAUAAGGCUCAUGCUGGUUUCCACCAGCGCCGCCACGACCACGCUGCGGCUCCCCAGGAGGAUGUUUGCACUGUCUACACCACCGUCUACGUGACUGGCCCUCCUCCAAGCUACCCCACUGCCACCCCGGAGACUCCCAAGCCCAGCAGCCCUGCUGUUCCUCAGCAGAGCCAGCCUCCUGUCUACCCUCAUGGAGGACAGCCUCCUAAGCCCGAGGUUCCCCAGCAGAGCCAGCCUGUCCACCCGGAUACUCCCAAGCCCAGCAAUCCUGCUGUCCCCCAGCAGAGCCAGCCGGCCACCUACCCCGCUGUUCCUCAGCAGAGCCAGCCUCCUACUUACCCCCAGGGAGGACAACCCCCUAAGCCCGAGGUUCCUCAGCCCAGCAGCCCUGCUGUCCCCCAGCAGAGCCAGCCUCCUGUCUACCCCCAGGGUGGUCAGCCUCCUCACCCGGCUGUCCCGGCCUCCACUUCCUGCGAUGAGGAGACCCCCAAGCCUACUGGCCCUGCUCCAGGUGUCCCCCAGCAAAGCCAGCCUCCUACCUACCCAGGUACUCCUCAACCCCCUCAGCCUGAGGCACCCAAGCCCAGCAGCCCAGCUCCUACCUACCCCCAGGGAAACCAACCUCCUAAGCCCGAGGCUCCCAAGCCCAGCACCCCAGCUGUUCCCCAGCAGAGCCAGCCCACCUACCCGGGUGUUCCCCAGCCUCCUAAGGAGAGCAAGCCCGCUCAGACUCCCUCUGUCCCGGAUGCCAACAAGCCCAAGCCUACUCCUUCCAGCAGCAGUGCACAGCCCAAGCCUACCAAGCCAUCCGGUGGCAAUGGUCACAUUGUAACCAACGGCGACAAGUGGUCCAUCACCUACACUCCCUACGCACAGUCCGGCCAGUGCAAGGAAGCUGGUGAGGUUGCUUCUGACAUCGAGAAGAUUGCUGGUCUCGGCUUCACCACUAUCCGCGUCUACAACACCGACUGCGGUGUCUUCGAGAACGUUGUUCCUGAGUGCGAGAAGCACGGACUCAAGAUCAUCUACGGUAUCUUCCUCGAGGCUGGCGAGAAGGGCUGCUUCUCCGAGUACGCCAACAAGCAGCUCGACGACAUCAAGAACAAGGCUCCUAAGGACAGCAUCUCCAUGGUCAUUGUCGGCAACGAGUGCAUGUUCAACGGUAACUGCCAGCCUGAGCAGCUCGCUUCUUACAUCGACCACGUCCGCGACGAGCUCCGUGGCGCUGGCUUCCCCUCCACUGUCCCCAUCACCACCACCGAGCCCGUCGACGUCUGGGAGACCAAGGGUGCCGCCCUCUGCUCCCACAUCGACGUCUUCGUCUGCCAGGUCCAGCCCUACUUCACCCAGUCCGUCAGCGCCGACAUGGCCGGUGACUUUGCCGCCCAGCAGCUCGAGCAAGCCUCCAAGGUCUGCCCCGAGGCUGCCGCCCGUGGUGCCUACAUUGGUGAGAUCGGCUGGCCUUCCCAGGGUCAGACCAACGGCAAGGCUGUCGCUAGCCCCGAUGCUCAACGUACUGCUAUGCAGAAGAUUCAGGAGGCUGUCGGUGAGAAGGCUAGCGUCUUCUCCUUCCAGGACGACACCUGGAAGCCCGCUGGCGCCUAUGGUGUUGAGCAGCACUUUGGCUGUGUCGAUGUUCUUGCAUAAGUCAAGCAAACCUUUGAAAUAAAGGGGAAAUAGUCCAUAUGUAUCUCUAUGUAGCGCAUCAUCACCUCAAAUCUUGUUGCAAAUAUAGCAGCUUGUUACCCUGCUGCGUUCUUCUCACGCCAUCAUGUGUCUUUAUUUCUUUCCUUUGUUUUAUUAGUCUUGCCUUCGCUUUUGUGUGAAUCCAUGAUCGAGAAGGGAACACACAUGCAGACUUGGCAACAUCGAUAGAGGAAGUGGGUGGCCUUGGAAGUGUAGCUGAUUUAGUGUUUAAUCUCUUAUAACCUAGUAGUAAAGCGGAAAAAAUCCAACCCUGAUACUAUUCAUCCUUUGCAAACA